AUGCCACAGCGGACGAUUGGGAACGCGACCCCGUCGGAGAAUCCAAUUUACGAGCCCCUGAAUGUCGAUCCCCCAUUGUAUGACCCGGCAUGCACUCCUUGGGCUCCCCAGAGCCCAGUCCCGUACUCGUUCCUGGCACACGCCCUUGCGACGCUCUCCAGCACACGCUCACGAAUUGCAAAGUUAGACACGCUGACAAAUGCAUUGCGCACUAUCUGCCGACAGCAUCCCCCGUCCCUUCUCCCGGCAUUAUACCUACUGUCAAAUGCUCUCUCGCCGCCUUAUUCGCCCACUGAAUUGGGACUGGGCCCUACGACCAUCUCAAAGGCUAUCCAGCACGUUUCCGGACUUAGUCCUGCUGCGCUGAAACGCCUGUAUAAUGCGACUGGCGAUCCAGGUCAGCCUCGGGCUUUUUCCGAUCGGGACGUAGCAUUUGAGGCUAAAUCGAACGUUAGAACUCUCAUUCCCCAUCCGCCCCUUCUCAUCACCGGCGUCUACUCUUCUCUGUUGAAGAUUGCCCAUGCGAAGGGUCCAGGCGCCGCUAAGACCAAGCAGGCAAUCGUAGAGAAGCUUCUGGUCUCUGCCCGAGGGGAGGAGACGCGCUACCUCGUCCGCACCCUAGGACAAAACCUCCGCGUAGGUGCUGUCAGAACUUCCCUUGCGGCACUUGCGAGGGCGAUGGUCCUCACACCACCCGUGGAGCUAUCCGCACCAACGCCGGACGAUUCCCCUUUCCGCAUUAGUGCAGAAUUGCUCGAGGAGGUUAAGCCCUUGUUGGCUCAGAAGAAAGUUGCCGACGAAGCCCGCGAUGCGCUGAACGACGUGUACCUCCGCGCAGAAAGUCUGAUCAAGCGGGUCUAUGUUCAGCAUCCUAACUACGAUCACAUCGUGAAGGCGCUGCUAGAAGUCGGCCUUGACGGGCUCUCAGCCCAGCUGCCUUUGACUGUCGGGGUUCCAUUACUUCCCACCUUAGGUUCCCCGACGCGCUCUCUUGACGAAAUCUACGACCGGUUAGGAUUCUUGCCUUUCACGGCCGAGUUUAAGUAUGACGGCCAGCGCGCCCAAAUCCAUGCUUCGAGGGGUGAUAAUGAUAGGCCGUUCGUCAAGCUGUUCUCGCGACAUCUCGAAGACAUGACCGACAAGUAUCCAGACGUGGUCUCAUUAGUUGACGGAAUCUUCCUAUCUACGCCGCAGACAGAGUCUUUCAUCAUAGACGCAGAGGUCGUGGCAAUCGACCCUGGGACCGGCGCGCUCAAAACAUUCCAGGAAUUAUCAAACCGCGCUCGUAAGGAAGUAAAACUUGACGAAGUGAAGGUCGCCGUCUGCGUCUUUGCGUUCGAUCUCAUGUAUCUCGACGGUCAGAUCCUGCUCGAGCGAUCGUUCCGCGACCGCCGGACUGUGCUUCGAACGCGAUUUCCGCCUUACACGCCGCCGCAGAAGGGCGCGGCACGUUUCGAUCACGUCAAAAGUGUCGAAAGCGAAGAUGGGCGGGAGGUCGUCGAGGAAUUUUGGCAGGCCGCCGUCAACAGCUCCAGCGAGGGCCUCAUGGUCAAGCUUCUCGAUAGCGGCGAGAUCUUGGAAGAACCUAACCAAAAGAAAGACAAACCGCGUCGCAAGCCCUUACCUGCCACAUAUGAGCCAGACAAACGGACCUCCGCGUGGUUGAAGCUAAAGAAGGACUAUGUGACAGGAUUGAGCGACAGUCUCGAUCUCGUUCCUAUUGGCGCGUGGCAUGGCAACGGUAGGAAGGCACAAUGGUGGAGUCCUAUCCUACUCGCCGUAUGGGAUCCCGACGCGGAGAAGCUCGUCGCGGUGUGCAAAUGCAUGUCAGGCUUUACCGAUGCAUUUUAUAAGAGCUUGCGUGAAAGAUACCCCGAAGAUUCUGACAGCUGUUCGUCGCGGCCCAUGUGGGAGCCCGAGUGUGAUACAGGUGGACUUAGACCGGAGGUCUACUUCAAGCCGCAAGAAGUGUGGGAAAUUCGGGGCGCCGAUAUCACAAUCAGUCCUGUCUCCGUCGCAGCAUUAGGGCUCGUGUCGCAGACAAGAGGACUGAGUCUGCGGUUCCCGCGCUUCAUAUCGCUCCGCGAAGACAAGGCCGUAGUAGACGCCAGCACGCCGGAAUUUCUCGCGAAUAUAUACCGCAUGCAGCAAGCCGCUGGGAAGGAUCAGACUGGUGCGGAUGAGGGGGAGCUUGUAGAUGUAGCAUUGGAUGACGGGGGCCAAGACGACGAGAGUGAAGAGUCGGAGGCAGAUUCGUAG